CAGGUAAUUCUUGUCUCCUCUUUCUUUUCUACUGUAAUUAGAUUAUAUCAUUCCAAAAACGGCACGAUUAAGAUAAAACGUUUCUGAUUUCUGGGUAGUUUUUAACCAAUUUCAGUUAUUUAGAUUGGUUUGUGAGUGCUUUAUUCCUUCUUCCUUGGUUUAUCUAUGUAUGUAGUAUUUAGUACAUCAUUAGGCAGAGCUGAUGGGCAGAAUAACGAAUGCCCGCAGCUGACGUGGAAACAUAACAUCAACAGUCAAGCCAUUUGUUUUGAUUAGUAAAAAAAAAAAAAAAAGAAGUUCGACCCGCUGAAGUGGCAACGUCAUAUGAGGUGGGCAAAAUACAUCUGCCCAAAGAGGGGACAGGAGAUCAAACAAAAUUAAUAAGUUUGCUUAUUAAAUUCUUUAUUAAUAUCAUAAAAACGCUGGCUCGAGUGUCUGCAUUACACCUCGCCGGCAUGCUUUUCUAUCCUCGGAAUUGUUCUUUCAAGACUGUUGGCACUAGACAGAUUUUGACCGCAAAGGUUGGGAUGCGAACAUCCUGUAAAUGUUUAACAUCUACUGCCAAUAAUAGGCGAAAAUGGGCACUUUUACCAGUUUGGUGACUAAGCUUUGCACAUGUGUGAAAAUGGGCCAGGCAGUCACUAUUUCUAUGCGUAAAGUAAAUUGGGUGAGGGAGAGAGGGUUGUUGCUCUUGUGGAACAUCAUCUCCUCUAGUGAUAUCUCUAAAGGAGGAGCUUCAAUCUAUCGCUCUCUCUAUAUUGAUGAUGUUUCCUCAGGACAUACUCCCCUCUUUGUCAGUUGUCACCUGGCUGAGGCUUGGUGAUUAAACUGAUUUUCCAUGUCUAUUCCGUCUUCCCCAUCAGCUGCCUUAUCUUAUUCCUCCAUGGUAUAUUAUAUAUGAUAUAUUAGUGUAUGGAAUUAUAUAAGCACUUGAAUGUUAGGUUGCACUUUGCAGUGUUGUUUUGUUGGUUUGACAUCUAUAGUUUUCACGGGAGGGAUUUAGUACAUCAUAUCGAGGAGGUAGUGCAGUUGAAAAUUGGUUGCUAUGAUGAGAUACAGAAUUUGUGGAAAGCUCAUUGUGCUUGAUGUAAUAUCGACAGUCGCUGUCGAUUCUGAGCGGUUACCUGAGCGACCUGCAGUUUUUAAAAUUCUCUGUGUUCCAGUAUUCUGUAGUGGAAGUUAAUGGGUAGAGAUUAGGAUAAUUUACUUCUAUUCCAAUAUCUAAACACCCAUUUAUGUUAUAACGCUUCUGUAAUUUCCUGCAUCAUAAUAUUCUUCACUGUUAACUGCCAGAGUUUCCCGAUGGGCAUCUUCAUGUCAAUUUCAAGUUAUUUGGCAUUGCUUGCUACUUUUUUAACUCAUUUCUCUUUAUCUGAUACUUCAUUGUCUUUUUAAUUUCAUGUUUUGUGUCAUAUAUUUUUAUAGUUUAUACUAAAUAAGCAAGGCUGCCAUGAUGAACAUUUCAACACAUUGAAAGCUUAAUAAUGCUUGAUGGAACAUCGACUAUCAUGUCGAUCCUGAGCGGUUACCUGAGCAACCUCAUAGUAUUAGAUGAAUUCUUUUAUGGGAGCAGACAUAUAGUUGCAAGAGCUGCCCCGUGUGAAGCAGUUCAUUUUUCAAGUCCUCUUCAUGCUGCUUUGAACUGUUUACAGAUACACAUUUGGCUAAUUCUCAUUGGAAGAAAGGACUGCCAAUACAGGGCUGCCAUUUAUAAACUGUAUUCUGGCAAUUUGCACUGUGCAAGGGGCAAAAUCCAUUUCUGUUCUCCCCUUUCAUUUAAAUGCCCAAUUAAGAGGGGAUGUGGGAACAGAUCAGUGAAUUCUGGCAAUAUUGUGACUUACCUAGUAUGUCUUAGCAGUAGGUGGUACGGGAAGCAUUCUUGAUGUGUUUGAAAUAUUGAGAGAAUCGACCACCUUAGUCUCCACAAACGGGAUCAAGCUGUUUAUUAAUUGAAUUUUGACGUUGAAAAUUAAAUGCCCUAUAACGUAUUUUCCAACGAAAAGAAAUGAAAAACAAGGAUCGAUCCCACAUUCGCAAGUGGAAUGACUUGAAUUUAGCCUCCCUUAAGCCGUACAGGCAUAACAUUGAUUAUGUACUAUUCAAUAUUCUAUUGAUUUGCUUUCUUUUGCAAUGAUUCCUUUUCGGUCGCAAACUGGCUGGCAUUUUUACGAGUAGUCCGCUUCCCAUCACUCGAUAGGGCAAUUUCUCACACAUAAUUAAUAGAUUUUGAGACCGUGCCAUUUGUUAAAUUAUUGCUGGAAAAAAAAUGCUGCAAAUUGUUAAAUGUAGGUACUGAGAUUUCCUUUUUCUCUGAAGUAAUGUUAUUUGGAGGAUAUGUUUAUUGCUGGAAAAAAAAUGCUGCAAAUUGUUAAAUGUAGGUACUGAGAGUUCCUUUUUCUCUGAAGUAAUGUUAUUUGGAGGAUAUGUUUACUGGUUA